AUAAAGAGGUUCAGGAGGCGUUCUGCUCUCAGAUGUUCGAAGGAUUCAGAGAAACAUCGACACAAAGGAGACGCAGCAGGAGAGAGAUGUCUGUCUGCAGGAUCUCUGCUCUGUCAGCUGUGCUGCUGAUGUCAUCGUGGUGCGUUCAGGGUCUGCGUGUGGACGUGUUUCCUAAGCGUCCUCUGUUCCGGCUGGGCGGGCGCCAGCAGGUGGCGUGCCGGGUCCAGGACUGUCCCACGAUGCCCAGCGUGUCCUGGUCCCUGCUGGGGGACCGGUACCUGACGGCCUCCGUCACCACCAACAGUACGCACUCCCUCGUGACCUUUGACCCCGUGAUGACGGAGCACGAGGGCACGCUGCUCUGUAAGGUCGUCUGCAGCGGCGAGACCAAGCAGAGCGGCACCACGCUGCAGGUCUACGCCUUCCCAUCAGCCCCGGCGGUCUCGGGUCAGGACCGGCUCCGUCUGGGGGCGGAGUCUCGUCUCACCUGCCAGGUGUCGGAGGUCUACCCCACCGAGCUGCUGACCCUCAGCUGGCUGAGAGGGGACGCCGUCCUGCAGAGCAUCAUGGGAGAUCCUGGAUCCGGCUCGGUCCGGUCCCAGUACACAUUCACCCCCCGGGACCAGGACUCGGGAGGGAACAUCAGCUGCAGGGCCACGCUGGACCUCCAGGACCUGCCACCUGAGGACCGCACCAGGGAGACCAUGGUCCCCCUAAACCUGCUCUACGCUCCUGUCGUCACGGCGAUAUCAGACUCCGUAGUGGUGAUGGCGGGCUCGCCGCUGACGCUCAACUGCUCCGCGGAGGGAAACCCCGAGCCGUCGAUCAGCUGGAGCUUCCGGUCUCCAGACGGUCGGUCGGAGCGGCGGGCUUCAGGUCCUCAGAUGGACUUCCUGUUGGUGAGUCCGUCUGACUCGGGACGGUACGAGUGUGAGGCCCGAAACUCGGAGGGGACCCAGAGCGCCGCGGUGGAGGUCGCCGUGCACGCUCCGCCCACCAACACCGUCCUCUCCGUGAGUCCAGGUGAGACGGUGAUGGAGGGUCAGCAGGUGACGCUCACCUGUCACUCAGACGGAGCUCCGCCCCCCAAACUGGUGCUGAGGAGGGCGGGGGCGGAGCUUCAGAGGACAGACUCCGCCUCCUCCUCGCUCUCCUUCAACAUCUCCUCCGCCCAGCUGGAAGACUCCGCCCACUACCAGUGUGAAGCCUCCAACCAGUACGGAUCCCAGCUGGAGACCAGCACCGUCACUGUCACAGCUCAUCCUCUGCAGGUGGAGGUGAGUCCUCCGGUCUCAGGUGCAGACACCGGGUCGUGUCUAGUCCUGACCUGCAGAGCCUCUGGAUGUCUUCACCCUCCCAGCCUCACCUGGAGGAGGACCGACCACAACCGGACCGUCCUCCAGGAGACGGACCAGAACCGGACAGACCAGAACCGGACAGACCAGAACCGGACCGUCCUCCAGAGGACAGACCAGGACGGACUGUCGGUGCUGCGCCUGCAGGACCUGGACCUGCAGGACCAGGGAGGGUACAGCUGUGAGGCCGAGUGCGACUCUGUCAUCAGGACCGGAACCACCCAGGUCCACGUCUACUCGUUCCCGUCUGAUCCGGUUCUGGAGGAUCCAGGUCCGGUCCUGCUGGGUCAGGAGGCGGAGCUUCACUGCAACGUCACCAACGUCUUCUCGGCCAAUCAGAUGAGGAUCCUGUGGCUGUCGGGGAACACGACGCUGACGUCUGAGUCGUUUGGGUUCUCCGGUUCCUUACAGAACGUCUCGUCUGUCCUUCAGCACCGGGUCCAGGAGGAUCAGCCGGUCCUGAGCUGCCAGGCCGACCUGCUGGCGGAGGACGGGAAGGUGUGGCGGUCCAGGAGGACCAGUGUCUCCCUGCAGGUCCACUAUCCUCCAAGGAGAACCGUUCUCUCCGUGAGUCCAGGUGAGACGGUGAUGGAGGGUCAGCAGGUGACGCUCACCUGUCACUCAGACGGAGCUCCGCCCCCUAAACUGGUGCUGAGGAGGGCGGGGGCGGAGCUUCAGAGGACAGACUCCGCCUCCUCCUCGCUCUCCUUCAACCUCUCCUCCACCCAGUUGGAAGACUCCGCCCACUACCAGUGUGAAGCCUCCAACCAGUAUGGAUCCCAGCUGGAGACCAGCACCGUCACCGUCACAGCUCCUCCGAGGAACACCACGGUCCUCAUCCUGCCGUCUGCGGUGGUCCAGGAGGGACAGAACGUCACCGUCUGCUGCCAGACCAUCAGCUUCCCGCCGUCAGCCGUGGUCCUGAAGAAGCUGACCAAUGGGACGGAGCUAUACUCAACCAACGGCACCUUCCUAUUGGUCAACGUCACGGCCAGAGACUCCGGGCUCUACCAGGUCAAUGUUACCAACGAGCUCGGAUACCAGGUCAAAGUGUUCAGCAUCAGCGUCAGAGAGAGAAGCUCCAGUCCUCCUCCCAGCGUCAGCUCCGUCAUCAUCCCAGUCGCCUGCGCUGCCGCUGGGCUCGCAGCUACCGCCCUGCUCCUCGACUACCUGAGGAGGUCCAGGAAGAAAGGCUUCUAUCAGCUGCCCCAGUCUGCACCCCCCUCAGCCUGAGGCCAACACUGGGCUACCACCCCCCAAUGUGGCUACCACCUCCCUACACUGGGCUACCACCUCCCAGCACUGGGCUACCACCCCCCAAUGAGGCUACCACCUCCCUACACUGAGCUACCACCUCCCAGCACUGGGCUACCACCCCCCAAUGAGGCUACCACCUCCCUACACUGGGCUACUACCUCCCAUUGUGGCUACCACCUCCCUUCACUGGGCUACCACCUCCCAGCACUGGGUUACCACCUCCCAUUGCUGCUACCACCUCCCUACAUGUGGCUACCACCUCCCUACAUGUGGCUACCACCUCCCUACACUGGGCUACCACCUCCCUACAUGUGGCUACCACCUCCCUACACUGGGCUACCACCUCCCUUCAUGUGGAUACCACCUCCCACCACCAGGCUACCACCUACCAUUGUGGCAACCACCUUCCAACAUGCAGCUACCACCUCCCAACAUUCGGCUACCACCUCCCUACACUGGGCUACCACCUCCCAACAUGUGGCUACCACCUCCCUACGCUGGGCUACCAACUCCCAACACUGGAAUACCACAUCCCUACACUGGGAUACCACCUCCCUACACUGGGCUACCACCUCCCUUCAUGUGGAUACCACCUCCCAACACCAGGCUACCACCUCCCAUUGUGGCUACCACCUCCCAACAUGUGGCUACAACCUCCCAACACUGGGCCACCAACUCCCAAUGUGGCUACCACCUCUAAAUGUGGCUGCCAAGGGCUAACAUCUUUGUUUUGAUAUCCUGACAUGUUGCUAUCAGUCACUGAAAUGUGGCAACAUUUGGCUGUCAGACCCCAACAUGUGACUACCACUUCCUAAUGUGAAGCUACCAUUUCCUGACAUGUGAUUUUGAUAUUCUAGAAUAUGUCUUAACAUGUGGCUACCACCCACCUACAUGUGGCUACCAUCCCCCUACAUGUGGAACCGAUUCUCAACAUAUGACUACUACCUGUCAGCAGCUUGUAAAUUAAAUACUCAACUUUUGUUUUAUAACAUCCAAACACAUGGCUACUAGGAACCAAAAUGUGGCUACCAAAUUCCCCCACAUGGUUGCAUCAUGCCAGGACACUCCAACAUGAGACUACUUCCCUGGCAAAAUGUUACCACAUGUCGACUUACUUUUAUAACUAUCCAAUGCUGAACUACCACGUCUCAACCUGUGGCUACCACGUCUCAACCUGUGGCUACCACCAUCCAGCCUGAACUAUUGAUGGCCACAUGGCUCCAUAAUGUAACAUAUGAGAUCAUUCAUAUAUCAGCUUUGUGUCUGUGUUUUUAUCAGUGAACUGUUUCUGUGAGACUCGAGCUGACAGCAGAUCUUUGAGUGUUUUUAUAAAUGACCAGGAGAAAGUGUGAAAUGUUCUCUGCUGGUUUGGUACUCCUGCUUUAUGUUCUGCGUACAGAACUGCGUUGUUUGUGUUGAAUUAUCUGCUGGACUUCUGACCUGCGCUGAAUGUAGAUUUGUUUCUUUUAUUAAAGAUAUUUAUUUCUUCA